CUGAGUAGGAUGCAUUUCGACGCUCCAAAGUGGAUUUAAAAAGCUCGCAGGAGCUUCAUUGCAAACAGCGGUCUGACUUAAGAAGCCCAAAUAAAAAGUCUGAGUGACAAAUGUCAUCGGAAUAUGAUUUUUUAUGCAUAUAAGCGUUUACUCGAGGAAUACAAAUUUAAUCCAUUGCACCUUUUCUGUCUUGUGCAUUCUCAGCAAAGCCUGCUAGGAAGUUGUGACAGAUGUGAAAGAAAUGAAAUCAUGUCUUUGAAAAUGAUGACAGAGGAAAUUUGCAUGGGGGUAUCCUGUAGGAGGAGUUCUUUGUGACCAAACAAGGGAUUCUUAUAAAAAAGGAAAUUGAGUCCCGACCACUCAAUGAACAGCGCAUUAUUCGGGGACCCUGAUGUGCAGGUCUAGGUACAAGCAAAUGUGUUGUAUCCAACUUAUUUCAGUCCGCAAGCUGUUUUAGUGCCUCCUUAGAGCAUCUUUAAAAAGACACAUGCUUGUGAGCUCAGGCACUCGCGGACAGCCAACCCUCCUCAAACAGUGAGUUCCCUGCUUCCCUGCCAGCACACCCCAAGCUUCAUGGGUUGAACCACCAGAAGUUCAACAAUCUCUUCCCCAUUCUGUCCUCCUCUUCGUCCUCCGUGCAACCCCUAUCCCCCACCCACCCCACCACCCCACCUCCCUACCCCACCCCCACCCCACCCCCACCCCACCCCUUCCACCCUGCUCUGUCUACACCCUUUGCCAUUUCUACUACCAGCUGAUGGCUUGUUGUGCCUCGGGCUUGUUUGGACUUGCAACCACAGCAUCACCCUCCACUACACAGACUUGCAGACGCAGCAGCCUCUAGAGUGAAAGAUACCGAGAGACAGAGGGGGGGGAAGGAGACACAGACAGAGAAAGAGAGCAGUGUCACAGGAGAGAGGAGGGAUCGUCCGUCCCAGCAGCAGAGGGAUCCACCUGUCCCGCAGAGGAAGCCCCCACCCCCCCACCCCCCCCCUGAUCCAUCUGGUCGCAGGGGGGGACCCUGCGUGGCCGGGAAGGCAACAGGGACUAUGCGUCAGGGACUGGUGGUACUGGCAAUGGUCUUCCUCAGCUCCAUGGGUCACAGCGAUUCUCUCAAGCUCUCCAAGGCAAGAAGGCAGAGACGGGUUAGUACUGAGGGGCCACCAUCUUGCCCCAAAGGCUGUGAAAGAUGCUCUGAGUAUAAUGGCUGCAUUAAAUGCAAGCCCAAGCUCUUCAUCUUCUUGGAGCGCAAUGACAUCCGUCAGAUAGGCGUCUGCCUCGCCUCCUGCCCCAUGGGAUACUUUGGCAUGAGGAACCCAGAAGGCAACAACAGAUGCACCCAAUGUAAAAUAGACAACUGUGAAGCGUGUUUUAAUCGCAAUUUUUGCACAAAAUGUAAGGAGGGCAUGUAUUCACACAGUGGACGAUGUUAUGUCAGCUGCCCUCCAGACCAGCACACUGCCAAUGAGACCAUGGAGUGUGUCGGUCAGCGUACUGCAGAAUGCGAACUUGGCGAGUGGAGCCAGUGGGGUUCCUGUAUGAAGAAGAACAAAACAUGUGGAUUUAAGAAAGGCUCACAGUCUCGGUUUCGCGGGCCCCUUCCACAGGUCCACAGCUCAGACACCUCCCAGGCCUUUGCACCCCCACAGACCUGUGCUCCACAGACAGAGAGAAGGAAGUGUGUUGUGACCAAGGCGCCCUGUGUGAGAGAGAGGAAGACUAAGGGAGACCGACAAGAUGAUCCUAACAGGAGGGACAGUGCACACGGGCGAGGACGAGACGGCAAAGAUGGCAGUAGAGGUGGAGGAGGUGGAGGUGGAGGUGGAGGAGGUGGAGGAGGAGGAGGUGGAGGAGGAGGUGGAGAAGGGAAGAGGAGAAAAAGUCAGAGCAGGACCACCACUGUUUCCAGCAUCACAACCAGCUCUGUCUCCUAAACUCCAUCAUCUGCUGGAUGGGGCUGAGAGAAAAACAGACAUGCCUCACCCAGCAGCAUCUGCCAUAGGCAAAUAUCAAAGUGAUGAAGGAAUGGAUAAAUGCUGCUAUGCAUUGUUGAAGAUGCAAAGAGAACUGGAGGAUUGCUGCAACGCAAAAGGCUCCUCCGAGCUUUUUGAAUAGAUGAACAUAUCUGGAAGAUACUGGUGUCUUAGUGAUACUCAGAAAGACUUGUUGAUUUUCAUUCCACUGUGAGAGAUCACUGUUGGACUGCAAAGCCACAUUGAAGAUUGUGCUUCGACACAGUUCGUGUAAUGAACCGACCUAUGUCAUUUCUUGAACUAAGAACAGAUUCCUGUUUCAAAUGCAGCAUUAAAGCUGGAUGUCUGAUAAUGAAUGAAGGCUCUCUUCAGUCUCCUCUGGUCUAUGAUGUAUUUUGUUCCAGUGCGAUUGAAAUCACAAUCUGUUCUUCAUUUGUUUUCAUGUUUGUGAGAGGUGGCAGAUGGAUUUUCUCAACAGCCGCUGUAUGUUAUGUAAAGACAAUGAAUAGUAUUAAGUCUUUGUACCUUUAUAUCAUAUUGUGAGAUGAAACAAAGAGAAAGGCACUGGAAAUCAUUUGUGGUUGUUGAGGAAAGAAGGUCUUCGAUAUAUUAUUUUGACGAGGGGAUCUAUUACAAAACAAGCCUAAGAGAAGAGGUAGAGGAGGAUUACUGGGUGCUCAGCUCAUAUCCUCCUCUGGUGUCUUGACACAAACUUUUGCCAUUUGAUAGCUUAGUUGUUUGUUUCAAAUUAAACAUUGGUGUUUGUAUCAGAAAAUAGCUCUGCACAGAAAAUGAGGAAUAAAAACAUGAGUAUUUGCUUGUGUGUGCCUUUGUGCAUGCAAGUGUGUGUGUGUGUGUGUGUGUGUGUGUGUGUGUUGUCUCUACCAAAAGUGUGGGUGUUUCUGUACUUUGAAUGCAUGUCUGCACAUAGAAUCAAGUUGUUUGUCGAUGGAACUUAGAAGUUUGUACACGUGUGUUAGUAUUGGUCUCAUAGAUUUAAGGAAUAGGGUCUGGAAAACAAUAUGAGGGAAAUGUAAAUGCACGGUGAUAUAUCGAAUAUGCAGUAACUACAAGCCACUGAUUAUUAUAUAAGCCAUCAAAUCAUCAGCUGCUCAGUAAUCAUGUCUGUUUGCAACAGGGUCUGAAGAUUUUGCACAACUAUAAUGUUUCCUACUGCUCAAGUUGCAGAACAAUCAUAGCAUUUUACACAUUUAUACUCCAAAAGCAGGCUUCAUAACAUUGCAGAUACAGAGAAAAAUGUUUUUCCUAGAAUGUUUUCCAUGGGUCUGUUUGCUUUACACAAAUAUUAGUUUCAGGAGAAGUUACACACUACAUUAUUCAUUCAUACUAUGGAUUGUGAUACUGAAUAUGUCAAACUGUGUUUAUCAUCAAACAUAAGAAGUAUUAGUACCAUCAUGUAUAGCUUAUUCUGUGAAAGCUUAAAUAAAGUUCAGAUGAAGUUGAUGAAACUUAAUCCAUACACUGAUUUUGACAUUAGCUUGUUUGAUUUCAGUUAGAAUGACUUUUGUAUAUUUCUCUGCAAUUGAUUCACCGUUUAUUUAUAUAAAGUUCUCGUAUGGUAUUCUAUACCAGUGGUACACUUUAUGUCUUCAUGUACAGUAUGAUACAUUUUACACAUAAGGACACAUUUUAUGAAGACUUUACUAUGUUGUGGAUAAUUUUGUUAUCCUAUAACUCAUUUUUCAUAUUUUUGGCUAUAUUUCUAUCGGUUAUCAUAACAUUGCUCUUGCUAAGUUAAUAGCUGAGAUCUGGAAAGUCAGUGAGCCUGAUGGUGCAAGAAAGGAGUUAUGCAAUCAUACAGGUUUUAAACAAACCCAAUGGUUAGCCAGACUUUUUGAAAGAAAAAUAACAAACAAAACAAAGGUAGACAAUAAACUUUAGCUACUUAUAAAAUAGAGGACCACAAUGGAAAUAACCCUUCAGGCUUUAUUGUGUUUUCACCCUCUGUGAUUUUUGAUGUACAGUAUAAUGACUGCAGUGCAGUGUUAUGUGUUUUUCAAACAUCCAAUAAAAUCAUUAAUUCAGUUA